UCCGAACGCGCAAUGUGUGAUGACGUGCCGUGAAUCUCGAAACGUGGCUGACGUUUGCGUUGUUUUGUCAGUUUUACGUUCGUAUUUUCCGAUCUAGGUUGCUGCUAUUACUACAGUAAAUUGCGCUUCGCAUAGUAUUACUUAAAUCAAGUAAUUUAAUAAAUUCAAAAUAAUGGAUCAAAUCGCUAAGUUCGUCGAGCCUGGCAAGCAGUUCGCUAAGGACUCUAUCAGACUGGUCAGGAGAUGCACAAAGCCUGACAGGAAAGAGUUCCAAAAGAUCGCUAUCGCUACUGCCAUCGGAUUCUGCAUCAUGGGCUUCAUUGGAUUCUUCGUAAAACUGAUACACAUUCCAAUCAACAACAUCAUUGUCGGAUCAUAGGAAGCCUAGGAUAGAGAUUUAGACUUAAUUCUACAUUUAAGACCCUCAACAACUCCUUUAAGUUAACUGUCAAUUUCAUUAUAAAUGUUUCUUAAAAAAUAAAUUAUUCAAUUCACCCCA